GGAAGCCCGUUGCUACGGUAACGUCAACGCGUCGGUCGUCGUGGCGGAAUUCUCUGCUUAGAUGUGAUUUAGCACAUUUUCAGACGCUUUGGAGACUUUAGAACGGAGCGAACCGAACCGGAGUCCAAGUUUAAACCUCGCGAUAUUCGGUGUUAUUCUGCCUCCUGCUUCCUGUCAGGUCAUCAAGGCGUUAACGGGUGUGUGAGGCGCCAUGGCGAGCCAGCGACCUCCGUCCGGUCUGGGCCGUCCCAUGAGCCGCAGCGGCGCCGGCAGACCUCCGACGGCCGUGCGACCCCCGCCGACGGCGAUCCGCGUGGCCACCGGGAUGGUUCCAGGUACCGGUGGACACCCGGCGAUGCGGGCCGGCGUCCCGGCGCCCGGAGUCCUGGCGGCGCCCAUCAAGGUGCCGGAGCGGCCCGUCACCCAGCAGGGCCUCAGCGGCAUGAAGACCGGCGUGAAAGGUCCCCAGAGGCAGAUCCUGGACAAGUCCUACUACCUCGGCCUGCUCAGGAGCAGGAUGACCGAGCUGAGCUCCGAGACCAGCAGGCUGCUGAAGGAGAUGGACGGCUUCAACCAGGAGAACUCCGUCUACCUGUCCUACGAGAAGAGGGCUGGGGGUCUGGCUGCAGAGAUCAGGGAGCUGCAGGGUCAGCUGGGAGACUACAACAUGCUGGUGGACAAGCUGAACACCAGCACGGAGAUGGAGGAGAUGGUGGACGACUUCAACACGCUGAAGGCGCACAACGACAGCGAGGCCGAGGGCAUCGACGCCGUCUUCACCCAGAGGAGACAGAGGGAAGACGCCGUCCGGGCGGUGGAGGACGACAUCGCGGCAGAGAAGCGCGUCACCGAGGAAGCCGUCCAGGCGCUGCCGUCCGUCCAGCGGGACAAAUACUGCAGCCUGACGGCCGCCAACGAGGAGCUGCUGCAGGAGCUGAGCGUCCUCCAGGAGGACCUGGAUCUUCUCGCCACCCGGAAGAAGGACUACGAAGCGGACCUGGCCCACCAGUACCACAAGCAGGAGGUGGCCCGGCUCCACGAGAACCUGUCGGCGCUGGAGGCCCGGCGGGACGCCCUGGAGGCGGAGCAGCGGAGCCAGCGGUCCCCGGAGGAGGAGCGCGAGACGCUGUUCCAGCAGGUGAAGGAGGACAACCAGGAGAUCGCCAGCAUGGACAGACAGCUGUCGGAGAUCAGAGAUCGGACCAGGCAGAUCGGCGAGGAGAUCCGACACGUGGAGCAGGACUCCGAGGUCGCCCAGGGUGAAUGUCAGCAGAAAUACAAGGAGCUGAAGAGGAGGGAGGAGGAGAUCGACCGUUUCCAGGAUUCCUUCCAGGAGACUCGAGCCGCGGAGCAGCAGAAGCUGUGGGAGAGUCAGGAGAACGUCGUGUCUCUGCUGGAGACCAGCAGCAGGAGCAUGCUGAGGCUGCGCCUGAUGGACCGGGUGACGGCCAGCGAGCUGAGGAACAUGCAGGAGGUGCUGGUUAGCAAGGAGAGUGAGGUGGUCCGAUCAGAGAGCACCGCCAAGGGCCUGAGCGCCGAGUCCCGGCGGCUGCAGCAGGACCUGGAGAAGGUCCAGCAGCUGGAGGGGAAGAUCAGCGGCGAGCUGAACUCUCUGAAGGAGCGAGUCGGCGCCAUGGAGGCGGAGCUGCUGACCUACCGGGACCUGGACGCGCUGCGGCUGGCCUCCGAGCACAAGAAGCAGCGGCUGCAGGAGGACCGGGCGUCCCUGACCCGGCGGCGGGACGCCUUCGAGCAGCUGCAGGACGAGAUGAACCGCAGAUACGAAGCUCUGAAGGCCAUGCUGCAGGACAACGAGACGCACGCUCAGCUGGUCAACCUGGAGAGGAAGUGGCAGCACCUGGAGCAGAACAACUUCGUGAUGAAGGAGUUCAUCGCCUCCAAGUCUCAGGAGAGCGACUUCGCCUCGGUGGCGCAGCGGGUGGAGCGGCAGGUGGCCGAGUUCAACCAGCUGCUCAUCCAGGCGCUCAGCAGCUGAACCGGACCAGAGACCCCCAAGACCAGAGAGACCCCCAAGACCACAGACCCCCAAGACCCAGACCAGAGACCCCCAAGACCAGAGAGACCCCCAAGACCACAGACCCCCAAGACCCAGACCAGAGACCCCCAAGACCACAGACC